AUACGUGAUGGUUUUGUUGUCUUAUAUUCAAAGAGGAGAAGUGGUAUUAUACGAACUAUAAAUAGGAGUAAUAUCUUGGUAACUCAUUUGUUUGAUCAAUUUCAAUUUCAAUUUAAUUGAAACAGUUAAGCCACAAGUUUCUACAACUAAACCAAGAUUAUAAUGUGGACACGUUUGUUCAUCAUGUCAUGGUAAGUAGAUAUUCCAAGAUCGUGUGAUCGCAUACUCAUUCUAUGCAUGUAAGUACAAGCGCGUACUAUCUAAUCUCUAACCACAUGAUUAAGUAUGGGUACGGUACUAUCUUAGUCGUAGUCAUUAUUCUAUUUCAAACUAACCGUUCACUUAUUAACUUCAUUACUAUUAUCUUUGUCUCUCUGCAAACCUUGUUGAAUCUCUUCCAAUACCUUGGGAAUCGUGGCAACAUUAUUCAUGAUGCUCAAAUUCUGGAGAAGAAACUCAUCAUGAUUAUGAAGCAACAGAUUCAAGGGCCCGGUCAACUUAGUCACAGACUGAGUGAGCACUCUAUAUGGAUCAUUGUCUUGGGUAGAUGCAGGCAUGGAUAGUAUCUACUGUUUACAGUAUGUAUGUAAUUAUACCCGUCUACUACUUCUUGU